UGUUGGAUGUUAAGGUCAAGGUCGAAAUUGGUAAUUUAGUUCGAAUUGGGAAAUCGGGUUUGGGGCGGAUUAAUGUCAAAAUUUGUGACUGAUUGUAUGGCAGCAAAAUUGGUUAGUUAUGUCUCUGGUUCUGGUAAGUAAUUUAGAUGCAUUAGGUUAUGGUGGUCCCUUCGGGCGGUUUAUGGGUUGACUUCUUGGAGUUUGGUUUCGAGUGUUAGCUUCAAGAGAAUUUGGGUGUGCACGUCUUGGGCAGGCAGAAAAUUGGGCGCGAUGAAGAUGGUACGGUUGUGGAGUUUGGGUGACUUUAUAAACUUGCUUUGGGGAGUUGGGUAAAUAUCUAGAAUAAUCUUGGAGGUUCAAAGUGUCGGCUAGAAGAUAAAAAGAGGCUUAUUUGCAUCGGUUGUCAAUUAGGUCGGGAUGAUAAUUAAUAGAGGGCUGUGCGGAGUAUCUAUGCAAUUUAUCAAAAUGUUCAGAUAUGGAAUCUGUGGUAUAAACAUAUUUGAUGAGAUGUGGUUAGAUUUGAUUAAAUGGGUCGUAGGUACUGAGUGUUUAAGAAAUAUUUGAAUGGACAUAUGUGAAAUUAUGGUGGUUCUGACCAGUCUUGGAAGUUAUGGCUUGAAGUUGCGAGUGAUCGGGUUAGAAUAAUGGGAAUCAUUGGGUUAUUGUCAUGGAGUUAUUUAACAUGUUUUGUCUCAUUUAUUUUAGAAGUGUUAGGUUAUUUAUUUUUCAUACUUAUAGAUUGUAUAGACUUCUGUUAGCUUUCGAUCAGUUUUGCUCAACUCAGUUGUGUAGUUCAGGGGAGCGGUGCUUUUAUGCUUGACUUUGCCAAAAACUGACUGAGGUUGAUUUUGUGAAAAACUUGACGGUUGUUUUCUGCACUAUUCUUUGUAUCUGAACGUAAAAAUAAAGUAUUUUUGUCAUGACUUGUACACAUGAGCAUUUUUGGUACUUUGUACACAACCGCAUAAAAAUGAUGAUGCCUGAAAUUUUUAUGUGAAUAUAUGAUAUUUAUCUAUUCAAUACUUUGUUGUAUUAUGGUAUUGUAUUUGAAAACCAUAUGGCAUAAAUUUUUGUUUUUGCUUUUGUUCUGACCUUACCAUGGGUGUAAAAUUGUGGCCUCUGUUAUUACGCUGGUACCAACAUCUCUAUUGGUAGGUCUUUCCUAUAUGCACGCUUGGUGCACCGAAUUUAAAAGGGGGAGAUUUCAAGUUCUGUUUUUACCUAGUUGGCUGCCGAGGUUUGCACAACCUUGCCACGGGAGUAAACAUGGCUUCUAUUUUGUUAUGAUGUUGUUUCAGUUAUGCUUUUGCCAAAGGUCUUUUGUCUAUAUUAUUGUAAAUAAAUUUUUUUGAUAAGUAAUUAUUAUUAUAAAUAUACAUUUCUGAAAUAUCGCUAUGUUAUUUCGAGACUUUGUUUUGUUCAGCAUUUUGUGACUAGCUCAUGGUUAUACAUUGGUAUAGGUUCGCUACUUACUGAGUUGUUGAUAACUCACCCCUUUAUCUCCACUAUUUUUCAGAUGACUUUGAUGAUUGUGAUAGUUGGAAUAAAUGACAUGUGACAAGAUUAGAAGAGAAAUGUGUGAUAAGUGUCAUGUGGCAUAACUAGUUUUGUUAGAUUUUGGGAUAAUAUUUAUUAGUGUUUAGUUUAUUUUCUCUGGAAGGGUUACCUAUAAAAAAAAAAAAAAAUUCUCUGGAAGAGUUGUUGGGAUAAUUAAGAUUGGAGGAUUUUUGUAUCUAAGUUCUUAUUAUUGUGGAUUUCAAGUUAGAAGGGUUCGCCCCUGGGUAUGUGGUGUGACAAUCAUACCCUUCAACCUUCCCUUUGAAGAAGCUUAACAUAUUGUUUUAUCAUGUGAUGUUCAUGCUGUGACACAUGCUGCCCCACUGGGAUAGUGAUGUUCUAUGGCCUCAAAUAUGGUAACUGGAGCAGCAAAACUUUACAGAUCUGGUCCUCUUUUUCAUUAUUGUCUCUUCCGACUUACUUCGCUUCACCGAUAUUCCUCACUCCCACCACUAGAAGAAUCUUUAAAAGCUGCAGUUGCAGUCAAAAUGUACCAAAAGAUUCCUGACCUUCUUUCUUCAAAAGAAGCCAUCCAGAAUCCAAAUCCAUUCUCAUUCCUCUCGACCUUUCCUCGGAACAUCAGAAUGCAAAUCAUUGAUGAAAUUUUGCAGUCUUUUAUCCCUCUUAGACCUCGCUCUCGUCCCUGGAUAGCCUAUGCAUGUCUUCUUUUAUACACACUCCAAAGCCCCAAACCCCUCCCUCUUGCACUUGCCAUUCUUCAAAGAAUGCUUUACUCUGGCUGCAUCCCUGUCCUGCAAACUCAUCUCCUCCUCUCCUCAGCAUGGCUGGAACGCCGAUGCCAAUCUGAAUGUGUCCCUAACAUCCUAUUGGAGAUGCAAUCAAUUGGAUAUCGUCCUGACUGUGGUACAUGUAAUUAUCUGAUAUCAUCUCUCUGCCGUGUUGAUCAAUUGGUGGAGGCAGUUAAAGUUUUGAAGGGCAUGGUUGGGGCAGGAUGUGUUCCUGAUUUGGAGAGUUAUGGCAUUGUGAUUGGUGCACUGUCUACAGUCAGAAAAACUAACGAUGCCACAGAUAUGCUGAAGGAAAUGGUGGCAAAAAUGGGAUUGAUGCCAAGGCAGGCAACAGUGGUAAAGGUAGCAGUAGCAUUGCGGGCAAACAGAGAGAUAUGGAAAGCAGUUGAGAUGAUUGAGUUCUUGGAGAGAGAGGGUUCUGCUGUUGGGUUUGACAGCUAUGAGGUUGUCCUUGAGGGUUGUUUGGAGUGUAGUGAGUAUAUUUUGGCUGGAAAGGUUGCGAUGGGGAUGGCAGAGAGAGGUUUUUUACCGUAUAUCAAGGUCAGGCAAAAGGUGGUUGAGAGGCUUGCUGGUAUUGGGGAAUGGGAGCUUGCUUGUACUGUUAGGCAAAGAUUCUCAGAGUUAAGGUCUUAGCACAUUGCAGUUGCUUUGGGAGUGGGCUAGGUAAAGCUCAAUCUGGGACGGACCUAGUAAAUUUUGCAACAGCAACUAGCUUCUGAACUUUGGUGUCAGUAUUAUUUUGUCAGGCGCUCAGCUGCAUUACCUUCCAUGGAAAAUGUUGCUGCUCAUACCUGCAACUGAUGCUCAAGAGGGGCGCCCAACUCCUUUUUAAAAUGAACAGGAAGGAGUACUCAAGCUUGUUACAUUGCAAAACUGGAGUCCUUGUGUUUCUGUUCCUCCAGCUAGACCAUUAGAGCAAAAUAUAUUCCGGAUUGAAAGAAAUACAUGAAUGGAGUUUAAAUCCUUCACGUAUUAGAAAGCAGCCCGAUGUUUAGCUAUGCAUAGGAAAUCCUUUUUGGAGGUCGAUUGACUGUCAUGGGAAUGAGUAUCCCCCUUCAAUCCAUUGUCCUUUGCAGUUACAGUUGACAAGUCUCUUUUUUGUUUCAGUUACAGUGGACAAGUCUCGGUUUUUCGAAUAUACAUUACAUGUGACAUUUGGAAACUUGGCAAUAGAAAAACAGGUUAAUUAUGGAAAAUAUUAGGAAAAUUUAUACUGAAAUUAAGAAGCGAAGGUACACAGUGGAAGGUUGCUGUUAAUUUGUUGAA